AUGGCGGAGGCAGUAGCUACGGUGACCGAAGAGGAGGUGGCCAGGCCGCGACUGCCGCAGCUGCUAGAGACCGGCCGCCGGCUCCUAAGUGAAGUUGAGGACACGAACGAGUCGACUAACUCCAGGUUCAUCCAAGAGAAGGUGAAGCAGGGCUUAGAAAGCCUAGAAAAGGAAUCCCGCAUGAUGGCGCAGCUUGACUUGUUCAGCUCCAACGAAGACCUGGAAGAAAUCUCUUCCGCUGACCUGAAGUAUCUGAUGGUACCAGCCCUCCAGGGAGCCCUCACUUUGAAGCAGGUCAGUUUCAACCACCGGCUGGAACAAGUACUGGCCGCCCGCGCCCAUUUCAUGAACUUUUUAAAGCAAUGUCACAACUACCAGAUCGCCAAGUUUGAGCUUCCGGCAACCCAGGACUAUACCCCCGGAAAAAAAUCGGGGGACGGGCCCUCGGGUAGCCGGCAAAGCCUUGUUGCCAUGGCAUCCCAUCGACAAGCAAAAAUAGAACGAUACAAACAGAAGAAGGAGCUGGAGAACAAGUUGGCAUCUCUGGAGUCUGCUGUGGAAAGUGGCCGAGCAGAGGACGAACAAGUCCGAGAGUAUUACCUACUUCACUUACAGAAAUGGGUCAACAUCAGUUUGGAAGAGAUUGAGAACAUUGACCAAGAACUAGUGAUCCUGAAAGCCCGAGACACAGGAAAACAGGCACCACCUUCUCCCGUGGCUCCACAGAACAGACCUCCACCCAAACUUUUUGUUCUCACCCGGGACACUGCCCAGGCCAAGGUAUUUGGCUCUGGCUAUCCGAGCCUGGCCACCAUGACGGUGAAUGACUGGUGUGAGCAGCGCCAAAAAUGGGACCCACUCAAGAACACAACCAUGAACAUCAAUCAAGGGGCAGAACAAGAGGAGGAUCAGGAAACAAAAUCAGAAGAGGAUGAUGAAGACGCACUACACAAAAAACGUAAUUGGGACGACUGGAAGGACACGCAUCCACGGGGUUAUGGUAACCGUCAGAACAUGGGUUAA